AUGACUUUUCCAAGAUCACACUUUCAAGGAACUCAUGAUAGUGAUGUCGGCCCAAGUAGAAUUACACAUGUUAAUGAUGUUGCACUUGAUGAUAUGGAUGUUGAUGAAGCUUUGGAGGAUGCAGUAAUAUCAUAUGUUAACAUGGAUGCCAGGGAAAAUGAAUCAAGACAUGCUUUUCGAGCAAAGCACAAUAUUGCUCGAAAUUUCAAAAAUAAUAUGAUGAUGGCAAAAUCCCGGUUGCCUCAUCCAUUUACCUGUAGACACUGCAAUGCAAGAUUGUUUCAUCAUGAAUCACGUGACACGUGUUGUAAUGGUGGAAAGGUAUCAUUCUCACGAGUUGAUGCUCCUAUAGAAUUGCAACAAUUAUUUUUGGAUGGUUCAACUGAAGGAAAACAUUUUAGGCAACAUAUUCGAAGUUAUAACCAUGUGCUUUCAUUCACUUCAAUUGGUGUUCAUGUUGAUGAGAAUAUUCUUGCAUCUGGUCGUGGUAUAUACACAUUUCGUGCUCAAGGUGCUUUUUACCAUAACAUAGGAGGUUUCUAUCCAAAUGAGGGUGUCAGACUGCGUUUCUUUCAACUAUACAUCUACGACACCGAUAAUGAGCUACAUAAUAGAAUGCAGGAAAAUCCACAGUUGCACCAAAGUGUAGUUCACAAAUUACAGAAAAUGCUCCAUCAGUUUAAUCCUUUUGUAAUUAGGUUCAAGCAACUUUCAAUACUUCCAAAUAUCAGUGAAUGUAGCCUCAUACUUAAAGAGCGUCCACGUAAUCACCAUCAAUACAAUCUUCCAACUGCUGAACAAGUUGCGAAAAUUAUUGUUGGAUGUGAUGCAGAUUCUAUGGAUUAUGGAAGGGAUAUUAAUGUCAUUCGUUGUGAUGGAAAUCUCAAGAAAGUUCAAGAGACAAAGGGAUAUUAUGAUCCUUUGCAAUACCCUAUUCGCCCAAAUGAUCAAUCAAUGUUGUUAAAUGCGGGUCAACUGUUGCAACAAUAUGUUGUAGACAAUUAUGUCAAAAUUGAAUCAGGGAGAUUAAGGUGGAUUAAAGAGCACCAAAGUGAUAUACGUUCUGAAUUGUACCAAGGUUUACAUGAUGCUUUGCAUGUUGGUGAAACUAAUGAAGAGAACAUUGGAAAAAGAACAAUAUUGCCAUCAUCAUUUAUUGGCAGUCGUCGAGACAUGACACAACGUUAUGAAGAUGACAUGGCUAUUGUUCUUAAUGGCGGUAAACCAGAUAUUUUUCUAACAAUGACAUACAAUCCUUCUUGGAGUGAGAUAACAUCAGAACUUUUGUCUUUUCAAACACCACAAGAUCGUCCAGAUUUGCUAACAAGAAUAUUUCAUUCGAAAUUUGAGAAAUUGAAGGAUGAUGUUAUUAAUAAAGGAGUCUUGGGUAAAGUUAAAAGCUACAUGUAUGUCACUGAACUUCAAAAGCGAGGACUGCCGCAUGUGCAUAUGUUAUUGGUCUUAGAAAGUAACGAUAAGUUGUGUGACCCAAAAGAUUAUGAUAGUAUGGUAAGAGCAGAAAUACCUAAAUUAGAAUGUGAACCACAGUUGCAUGAAGCUGUUGUAAGACAUAUGAUCCACGUACCUUGCGGCAUAAUCAACCGAAAGUCUCCAUGUAUGAAAGACGGACAUUGUAAAAAAAGGUUUCCCAAACAAUUCUUGGAUGAAACACAUCAAGGCACUGACUCAUAUCCCGAGUAUAGGACAAGGUUUGAUGAGUCUGUAUCAUUAGGUAAAGAUAGGUCUGUCGAUAAUAGAUGGGUGGUUCCUUAUAACCCUUGGUUACUGUUAAAGUAUGACUGUCACAUCAAUGUAGAGAUUUGCAGUAGCAUUAAAAGUAUCAAGUAUCUAUACAAAUAUGUGUACAAGGGCCCUGAUUGUGUGGCUAUGGAGGUUCAUAAAGGAUCAUACAUGGAUGAAGUUCAGCAAUAUGUUGAUGCAAGAUGGAUUUGUGCUCCCAAGGCAUUAUGGAAAAUAUUUCGAUUCACUCUUUACCGAUUAUAUCCUUCAGUUGAAAGAUUGCAGAUCCACUUGCCGAACUGCCAUCAAGUGCGCUUUUAUGAUCAUCAACAAAUUGCAGAUGUGUUAAAUAAUGAACGCAACUCCAAAACAAUGCUCACACAAUUCUUUGCAUUGAAUCUACGAGAUCCAUAA